AUGACUCAUGUUCAUUUAGACAAGAUAUUUGAUGCUCUUGAGAGGCUCUACGGCCAUGAAUCAGACAACAACAACCUCCGCGACGAAGUUCAGGCGAAAAUGGAAGAACGCAUAGAUAAACUCACUACCUUAUCGGAUAUAGCCACCGACGUAACCAACAACAUGAGAGUUGCCAUUGGAAAUGUUACUGAGGCGCAAAUUCUGGUCAAAAGGAUUGGCGCUGAUUUGUCCAGUCAAAGUAUCAUCGAGCGACUUCGCACAUGCCACGAGGGCGGGCUUGACUCGGAGGAGGAUUUUGACAGUGACUGUAAGGCGUUGGGAAUUCUCCAGGGCAUAAUAGACAAGCAGAAUAUGAAAGACGACUCAGGUUGCUCAAUGGAAAACUUACAGCACGCUGUCGGAGCCUCUGUCGACAUCUGGAAUGAUCUCACUGCAUUGUCUACCUAUGUGGCGGAACAUACAAAACCUGGACCAGGGCCUCUUCUGGGUCUACAGAAGAAUAAGCUCUUGGAGAUGUGGAGCGAUUUGGCGACUGAAGUCAAGAAGUUCCUAGACAAUUACAUGGGGUAA